AUUCAUCACAAGAAACUGUUUCAUGUUCAUGUUACUCUGUAUAAUCGCGAUUUAUAAAGUGACUGAUAAACGUCAUUUAGUAAAGUGGACUCAAAGAUAAUACAUUUGUACAUUGUCAAUCCAGUAAUUGCACACCAUAAACGGAGACAUCAUCGAGGCAGACAGUGCUGCUCAAGUUUCGAGGUUAUAUGGUCAAGAUGAAUCACACCGACUUGCAGAAGAUGAAGCAGUGUCUGAGUAAAUAUCAGAAUGCAGAUAUAACGCGCAAAGAAAUUUGCAAUGUGCUACAAAUGUAUCGAAGCUUACAAUACAACAUGGAGCCCUUUGUCUUCAACGACGGUUCCUGCAAAGAACUAUCCAAUCUUCAGGGCACUAUACCAAUAACCUAUAAGGGCAGUACGUACAACAUACCUGUAUGUAUUUGGUUAAUGGACACUCAUCCCAACAAUGCGCCAAUGUGUUAUGUCAGGCCAACUGCCGAUAUGAGUAUCAAAGUCAGUAUGUUCGUUGAUCACAAUGGCAAGAUAUACUUACCGUAUCUACAUGACUGGGUACCACAUUCCUCGGAUUUGUUGAGUCUAAUACAAGUAAUGACGGUCAUGUUCGGCGAGCAUCCCCCAGUUGUAGCGAAACGAUGGACAAGUGUUCAAAAGCCAACAACACCUUACCCCGUUCAACCUUUUAUGCCUGUUCCGACCAAUGGAGGAGCUAUGGGUGCGACUGGUAGUGGAUUUCCACCGUACCCUACGACGACGCCGUAUCCAGCUACCAAUUCUCCAUAUCCUCCAGCUGCAACAUCCAGUCUUGGUUACGGUAGUUACCCGGGAAUGCCGACACCUUAUCAGGGUCAAACUUAUCCUGGUUCGUUUCCAUCUCCUUUCAAUCCAGCUAGUUUACCAGGUGAAAAUCCAUAUCAGUCUCCAUCGAUGGUGCCAGGCUCAAUAAACACGGGAAAUUCCGACACGAUAACCGAAGAGCACAUAAGAGCGUCGCUGCUCUCAGCGGUCGGUGACAAAUUACGACGGCGCUUGUGUGACCAGUUUUCCCAGUUGCAAGCUGAACUUGAAACCCUUCGACGAACCCAAAAAGAACUUACGAAUGGUUCGUCUAGACUCGCCGAUUUGUUCACCAAACUCAAGAAGGAGAAAGCCGAAUUGGAAAAAAACAUAAAUAUUCUACAAGAUAAAGAGGCGGAAUUGGAGAAAGAGAUUGCCAAAUUAUCCGACAGUCAAUCGAUCGACGUUGAUGAGGCAGUUACGACGAUCGCACCUUUGUACAAACAAAUGUUGAACGCGUUUGCUGAGGAGGCUGCAACAGAAGACGCCAUAUAUUAUCUUGCUGAGGGAUUACGAAGCGGCAUAAUCGAUUUGGAUGUAUUUUUGAAGCAAGUUAGGCAAUUAUCGCGUCGGCAAUUUAUGCUCAGAGCUUUAAUGUUACGCUGCCGACAGAAAGCGGGCCUCGCUGGAUAAAUUUGUCCUUAAACAAAGCGUGAUAAUAUUCUAUAACGGGCUGGCGCACACUCAGUGUUCCACAACUAUCAAUAUAUAUUAUUUUAAUAUUGCAAAGCAGAAGAAAUUUAAUAAAAUAUAAAUAAAUACGUAACUAGUAAAGAACAUGAAUAAAAAAGAAACACAUCCAUGAAAGCUAUUGUAAUAAGUAUAAAUAUAAGUGCUAUAUUCGUUGUACAAUUCGAUUUAACGACAAGAUGCGUUCUAUGCAUACGCAGCACGGAGAGGUAACAAUAAAUAAGUCAAAUAUUACGUCGGUUUUUUUUUUCUUUUUUCGUUAGUUUAUCGAAAUAACAAUGGUGCUGUUUUAUUAAACAUGUCGAAUUUUAUACAGGAAUGCACGAGCCUCAGUGUGUGAAACUCAUCCGGAGUGUGAGAAUGUUGUGUAAUCGGAAUACUCCUAAUCUGCAACAAUUAAAAAAUUCUAUAAAACCGUUUGCACAAACUUUAUGUGGUGGUAGAGGAAAAACAAUAUUUCAAUGAAAUGUAAAAUCAAUUAAGUACACGAUAAUCUUGAGAAAGAAAGAAAAUUAUAGCGACUGUUUUGUCUAUUUAAAAAGGAGUGUUUAUGAUCAGAGUAGUGGAAAAUUCCCUAAUUUUUAAAAAUUUUAUUAAAAACUGAAGCUUAAUUGCUAAUUAUAUAAAAUGAGCAUUCUAUGCUUCAAAAAUUCAUGCCGGAUUCAUUCGAAUAAUCAAGACCUUCGCUUCUAGGAAAGACUCAAGCUUUUACGAGUAAAAAGUAAAUCGCAAUUUCAAUCAUUUUGCCUUCUUUUGCACCAAAAACAAGGUGUGGCGAUCAUUUUACAAAAGUGCAACAUAAAAUUCCAAUGGAACAGAGGAAAAUUAUUGGCUUAUUCACACACAAUGAUAGUUGAAUAACUUACAAAAAAAGUGUAUAGAGAUCAAAAUCAAAAUGUCACUGUGGAACAAUUUUUAUCAAUUUUGUUGCAUCAGCAAUUGCUUUCUGCAUUGCCUUAGUGAUCGAAUAAGAAUAGCAAAAUUUCAUUUGCAAUGGUAUUGUAAUGUUCCUCGCUUUUUAGUUACAUUAGGUAGUUAGGUACAUAUUUAUGGAAAAUUUUUUUGUUUUCUUUUUUGAAUUAAGAAAUAAAGAAUCACCGUUUUGUAGGGUCAAA